UUCUUUCUUUCUUUAUUUAUUUAUUAAAAAUGACUAUAGAUAUCUAUCUUUUUGAUGAUCAAGAACUUAUUUCACCACAAGUUCAAUCAAAUUUACCAUCUAAUUAUAUUAUUCGACCAUUGGGUUCAAGAGAUUAUGAACGUGGACAUCUUCAAGUAUUAAGUGAAUUAACAUUAGUAGGUCAUGAUUCUUCUCAAGAUUGGUUAGAUCAAUUUUAUUAUAUGAAAAAAAGAAAUGAUACAUAUUUUAGUUUGGUGAUAAUAGAUCAAUCAUGUAAUAGAGUGGUGGCUGUAGGAACUCUUUUGAUUGAACGUAAAUUUGUACAUUAUAAUGGAAAAGUGGGUCAUAUAGAAGAUAUUGCUGUUUCUGGUGAUCAACAAGGUAAAAAAUUAGGAAUUCGAAUGAUUGAAGCAUUACAAUAUAUUGGUAUAAAACAAAAUUGUUAUAAAAUCAUUUUGGAUUGUGCUCUCAAGAAUGUUCCUUUUUAUGAAAAAUGUGGAUUUACUCAAAAAGAAAGGCAAAUGGCUUGGUAUGUUCCUUCAAUGAUAACAUUUAGUGAAGAAAAUCAUAUAGAAACAUGUAAUGAAAGGUAGUCUUUUUUGAAUAAAAAUCAUGGAUCUAUAUUUCAUACUCAGUUUCCA